UGGUUAUGGGCUAAGUAACUUGCAGUCAUUGACAUGUCCCCUUUGUCAUCCAUGUCCACAAGCGCCAGGAUGCAAAGAACAAAGCUACGAAUCUGAAUACCUUCCUAUGCAAUCCAUGGCUCCUAGACUUUUAAGACACCCAGCUCACUUCUCGUAGAAACCCCUGGUUUCUACCAGGACUCCCAUUCGAAUAUUCUACGAUCAAAAUUUUAACUUUUCGCUUCUCUAACUCUUAUACCUUUCAUCAUGGCUGAGCAGUGGUGGCAUUUUUUACAUAACAAGCUGUACAGCCAACCAUGGAUGCAUCAUGGCCUCAUAUGUGCCGAACCCAAUAUCUGGACAGAGUAUUUAAACCCUACAUCGAUGGAGAAAUCAGUGACGGAACAGAAAGACGUACAGUCCGGAACUCCACAUGUGACCAAUUUCAAUAUAGCUGCUAGUCAGCUCAAGGAGCCGCAGGACAGCGGCCACAAAUCGGAUGUGCCACCGGCGGAAGAAUCGUCUACUUCGUGGCUGGAGAAACACAAGGAUAGCUUUAUCCAGGUUAAGCGAUCUGGUGCGCUUCAUCGCCAUAGGCCGAAUGUACAGAGGCCGAAGGCGAGGAGCGUGGAGGAGGCAAGACAGAAGCAGAGACGAAACACGUUGGAUCGUCUGCUUAAUCUCGAUAAUGGAGUGGUUUCGCCUAGGGCCCAGGACGAGCGGGAUGCACCAGCACAACAAGGUAGUGAUGUUCUAGGGCCGAUGAGUCAGUGGCGGAAUCGAGUAUACCGCGUGCGCAAACGGGUGGGGGAUUUCUUGGGGCGUGCUGGCGCUGCGGUGUAUCCUGCCUCGGGGGUGGAGAGGAAGCAACUGGAUACCUUCGAGGCGGAAAUGGAUCAAGCUGAGAAGCCGCAACAGCAACAGCAGCAGCAGCAGCAAGUUGGCGAGGGCGAGCCAGUCCAGUACCCUAACCUGGGUGGUGAACUAGCCAAACUCGGAGAAGCCACUCCCGCUAACAACCAAGCUCAAGAGCACCAGGAGGUCAACAAUAACGAUAAUAGUAAUAACACCGCACACCAGAUCGCAGAGAGUCUACUCGAGGAACUCCUCGGAGAGCAGCAGGCCAGACUCCUCGAGGAAAGACUACGACAGCUCAGGGGGGAAGACACGGAAGAAGUCGUGCCUAGCAACGAUGAUGAUGCGCCGGCCGCAUCAACACUACCACUACCACUACCACCAUUAUUACCACCAUUAUUACCAUCCAAGAGUCCCAGCCCAAGACCCUUCCACAUCAACCACGUAGCACAUCUAGCGCCCUCAUAUAUCGCAGCGCAGCAAUCGCGCCAGAGAGCAGACCGCCGUCAGACACCACCACCACCACCACCGCCUCCUUCCUCCUCUUCGCCCCUCCCGCAGAAAUCUUCUCGUCGCGGAACGGGGGGUUAUAACACCACCGCUACCACCACCACCACUACUACUACUACUAUCGCCACACGCAGCAGAAACAGCAGCAACACACAAGUCGAUACCGCUCAACAGCGUAUAUCCGCGCAGCCGCUGUGGAAAGGCGCAAAUAGGUCUAGGGAGAUCUGGUUUGGCGUUGGGCCUGGGACUGGGAGGGAUGUGGGUGGGCGGAGGGGGCAGGGGAGGAGGGUUUAGGGGUUUGGGGGUUUGGGGGCUUGGAUCUAAAUAGCAAGGUGGUUAGUUAGGUAGUUAGGUUGGUGCGGUAAAAGGUACCUAUUCUUGGGUCUAUAUCAGCGUAUUUGUUAGGUAGUCUUGUCUAUACUGAAAGCAAAGUGAUUAUAUUAUCCAGUUAUAAAUAGUUUACGUACCUACUUAGGUACCUAAUAUAAAC